UUUUCGGACACAAGCUGAGCUCUGAAAGCUCUCCCUAGGUCUUCCUAGGUCUCCUCACCUACCUGGAACCUACGGUACCUGCUCUCCCUUUUGCGACUCUGGAGAGCUUGCGCCUCGCCCCCCUCACCGUCACAGGGUCUCGCUCACCCAUCAAACCACAAACCACUAACCCCAGAAGCAAAAACAAGCUCCACCACUCCAUGAUUUUCUCUUAUCCGCCGGCCUAUCAAGUGGCCGAUCUCCAACGACCUGUCUGGAGGCCGGUACUCAGAUACAAGCCACACGAUUCGAAUAAGAUUUAAGAAUGAUCCAAAAAUAAACGUCGGUCCCAGGCACUCUCAGGCACCAAGCCACGAUCUGACCAGAUUGGGAGCCCUAACUGCGAACCCGACCUGGCAGAAACCGCCCGAGGGCCACAGCAGGAUCAUUAAACACAAGAGAGCAUCUAUGGCGUAAAUGGCUGAGGCUAUCUCGAUAAACCCACCGAUUAGCAAUCAUCAUGCAGUCUUCUUCCACGGCGACUCAUACAAUUCGGAUCCGACAAUGUCGGGUCGACGAAAGUCGCACUUACUACUCACCUAUUCGUUCUUGUUCAACCACCCUGCAGAAGAAUCUUUAUCCCCUCCCGACUCCGAGCCCGUGCUACCCUUUCCCCACGAAACUUUUCUCCUGGCUCCUGCAUGCGGCCCAUAUCGACCAGGCAAAGACACAUGUGAGGGUAACGUUGUCCAUCGGUACCACUCUCCCAACUCCCAUUACUACUCACCUGCCCAAUUCGACUGGCACAGGACGGUCGACCAAUCAGUACACGUGUGGCUUGUUCUCCCUCGAGGAAUUUACAUUCCUUCUCCGGGUCCUCCCAUCUCUGGUGUCACCACCAAAUUCCAAGUGUUAGGACGUUUCAGAAACUGGUGUGUACUACUCUACCCGCCUCACGGCACAUCCAUCCCUAUUUCAAAUGCCAAAUUCCAAUCCUAG